CUCACACCUGAUUGGCCAUCAAUUAUGUCAGUCAUUCUUCCAUUCCGCCCCCGCGUCUAGCCACUUCCGCUUCUGUGUCAAACCCAAAAGCUUCACUGCAAGUUCCUUAUCUGGACUUGUUACACCGCUUACUGGGCCAACGCUAUCCAGCAUUCGCCGGCAUCGCUCUUCCAACCUAAGCGUUUUGUGGCCACCAAGCACAACUACUGUGCUGUUGUGGUGGUGACGAUCCAGUGGGGAACCUUGACUGACAGGUUUCUGUCCAGAAGGUUGUCAUCAGAGGGAACAUGUGUUAGAAGUUGACCAGUCAUCAAGUCAGAUUUGUCAGCGUUGACUUCAGAAGAUGAGCAAUGAGGAGGAGUUCUACGACGCCGUUACAGGCCUGGAUUCGGAUGAGUCAUAUGAAGGGGUGUCGGAGUCCAGUUACAAAGAUGCACUGGUAUUUGAUAGCAGGAACAAUGGAUCAAAGCCACAGGCGAACGGUGUCAAGAAACACAGGACGUCAUUACCCACAGCAAUGUUUUCCAGAAACACUAUUAGUGUCUGGAGUAUCCUUAAGAAAUGCAUCGGAAUGGAACUCUCCAAGAUCACAAUGCCUGUUGUCUUCAACGAGCCUCUUAGCUUCCUGCAGCGAAUCACAGAAUACAUGGAACACACUUACCUCAUCAACAGAGCCUGCUCACUGUCUGACUCCAUAGAACGUAUGCAGGCCGUCGCUGCGUUUGCUGUGUCGGCCGUUGCGUCUCAGUGGGAGCGAACUGGAAAACCCUUCAACCCUCUUCUUGGGGAGACAUAUGAACUCACCAGAGAGGAGCACGGCUUUCGGCUGAUUGCAGAGCAGGUAUCCCAUCAUCCCCCGGUGAGUGCCUUCCACGCUGAGAGCCUGGCUGGAGACUUUGUAUUCCAUGGCUCAAUAUACCCCAAACUGAAAUUCUGGGGGAAGAGCGUUGAGGCGGAGCCCAAAGGGACCAUCACUCUGGAGCUACUUAAGCACAAUGAGGCCUACACAUGGAGCAACCCUCACUGCUGCGUGCACAACAUCAUCUUGGGCAAAUUAUGGAUAGAGCAGUAUGGCUCCGUAGAAAUAGUCAACCACAGCACUGGAGACAAGUGUGUGUUGAAUUUCAAGCCUUGUGGGAUGUUUGGCAAAGAGCUGCACAAAGUGGAGGGAUACAUCCAGGAUAAGAGUAAAAAGAAGCUUUGUGUCAUCUAUGGGAAGUGGACAGAGUGCAUGUGGAGUAUUGAUCCUCAGGCUUACGAGGCUCACAAGAAGGCUGAGAAGAAAGGAGACAACAAGAAGCACAAACAUGAGGAGCCGGUAGGAUCGGAGAACGAUGACGCUGAUGACAUGCCAGAGGUCCAGGAGACGGUGUCGGUCAUACCAGGAAGUACUUUACUUUGGAGGAUAGAUCCGAGACCGGCUCACUCUGCUCAGAUGUACAACUUCACCAACUUUGCAAUGUCUCUCAACGAGCUGGAGCCAGGCUUGGAGGCUAUACUGGCCCCGACUGACUGUCGCUUCAGACCUGACAUCAGAGCCAUGGAGAAUGGCCAAAUGGAGGAAGCAAGCCAGGAGAAGGAGAGGCUGGAAGAAAAGCAACGAGCAGCCAGAAAACAGAGAGCUAGGCAUGAGGAGGAGUGGUCGACAAGGUGGUUCCAAAUGGGAACCAACCCAAACACUGGCUCCCAGGACUGGAACUACUCUGGUGGUUACUUCAGUAGGAAUUACCAAGACCUGCCUGAUAUCUACUGAUGAGACUGCUCGUCUUUACCCUCUGACCCUUCCGGCGCUCCCGCACACUUUACUGUAACUUCGAGGGACAUACUUUCAAAACUUAACCCUUCACCAUCGCACACCUCCAGCGCAGAGAGGAAAGACUUCCACAUAGGCCUUGAACAGUCGCCUCAUCUUGACUUGCUCGCUUCUUCACCAUCAAGGAUUUGACGUCAACUUUAGUUGUGUGUCUUGUAAAUGUUUGCCAUCAUUGCUCAUUAUCGUUUUUUUCAUCUGUCACGGCGGAAUGUGUGUGGUGUUAGUCCUUAAUGCAACAUUCUGUGUUUAAAAAAAACAAAAUGGGCUUGAGCAAUAGAGUGAUGAUUACAAAAAUAAGGUAAAAUAUGUCCUUGCCUCCCACGCUGUCAAAAAAAAAAGGAAAAAAGACACCUGUUUGCAAAAUUCCAGAAUGAUUCCAUUCCGGUGUCAAAAAAAUGACGACUAUAUUGGGAUGUCAAGACACUUGCCAUCAAAAUAUGACGAAGAGAAACAUUGUGACAUUCCUUGUUAAUAUUCUCUCCAUUUAGAUCAGGUUUGUAGAAGACCAACAGCGCAUUAAGUUUUUAUUUUACAUUCCUCUUAAAUGUGAAAAUUAAAAAAAAGUUCAGCUAUCACGCUGACUGGUAGUAAUCGUGCAGAAAUCCCAAACAGCUUCGGCAAGAAAAUAUUUGGACCACAGUUAUUUUUGUUUCACUAUUGUAUAUUGUAAAAAGCGAACGUAUGGAUUCUGUUGGACGGUGGCCAAACUUCUCCCCGCCUGCCUAUAAUUUUUUUGAAGCACUUAACCACAUACACCCUUUAGACUUAUUUAUUCUUGCCUGUGACAUCUGCAAAGUUUUUUCUUUUUUUGCAAUCUGUGAUGUGUAGACGAAACACUAAAGUUGGACGCCGCGUCGGGAUGGGCAAGAGUUGUUUGAAACACAAAACGGUACAACACUUUCAUCUAUUCACAAUUGCAACAAAUGGGCCGUUGAGGUCAAAUCCUUUUUUUUUUAGGUUUUUUUUUUGUUGUUGUUUCUCCCGAAUAUGUCUUCUGUUGAAUUUUAACCUCCUCCUCUUGGACUAUCAAUGUGGUUGUGGUUGUUGUUGUUGUUUGUGUACAAGUGUUACACAGAGGUAAUCCCACACAAAAAUGAAUGACACAUUAUUUUGUGCAAUUGACUUAUUUUUAUAGUAUUUAAAAACAUUUUCUUUGGUGAGAACAUACCACCAGAUGUUUUAUGUUUUGGUGGGGGACUGUAUAGGCAUACUGUGGACAGCUUGAUAGAGUCAUGUACAGGAGAAUGUCUACUAAUAAAAACCUUAAUUUCA